AUGACUCCCGGCAAAAUCGCUGCACAAUGUAGCCAUGCCACUCUGGCGUGCUACAAGGCUUUGGUCAAGAAGAACCCCAAGCUUGUGGCGCAUUGGGAACGCACGGGCCAAGCGAAGAUAGCGCUUAAAGCGAACUCGGAGGAGCAGCUAGAAGAGCUCGAAGCCAUGGCGAAGAGCCUCAAUCUCUGCGCGCGUGCCAUCCACGACGCAGGUCGGACGGAAGUCGCUGCAGGAACGCGUACCGUUCUUGGUAUCGGCCCUGGUCCUGUGGAGCUCGUCAACCGGGUUACAGGGAAACUUCGACUGCUUUGA